CACUUGUGGCUUUUACAUUACCCUUCUGCCCUUAGAUAUUCGCGCCGAAAAUCUUCUUCCUACUCCUCUUGUUAUUAUUCAUUUAUCCCUCUUAUUGCUUCUCUGACUUCAAAGCAGCUCAACAUCGUUGUGUAGUGAAGACGUAUUGCAAUGCAUGCAGUAUAGAGUGUCCAAUCAUAUCUGCUACCAGAAUACCUGAUACGGGCGUUGACCACAGUUUACAUCUUGCAACAUUGUAUAUCAUCUGAUAUCUCACGGAUAUUAUUUGGUCAAGCCCGCACGAAAUGUCGGAACCCCGCCUUUUCACAGUUCGACCGCUUUCUAAACAAGCGAGAAAUGACCAUAAAGAUGCGUUUCGCGUUUAUUUAUCAUCGUCGUCGUUGGCUGCCCUAAAGCUUCGGGCUGGGGAUACUUGUACCCUGAACUACUCUGGCGAAUGUGCGAAGACUGCAAUAGCUUGGAGCGCAACCGAAAACAUACAAACUACGGUCGUACAGACUUCAAGGACACUUCAGGACUGCUACGGCGUCAAACUUGGCGAGAAGGUAUCUAUUUCCAAAACCGAUGGGCCUUUGGGAGAGAUUGAAUCAAUUUCUUUUGUGGAAUGCUCUGAUAUCGAACGAAUGACGAGAUAUGGCCCCCUCCCGCCAUCGGAAAGGCACCAUUGGGCCUGGGCUUUGGAGUUUCCUCUUGCUAGAUGUGAUGCUCUCGCCGUUGGAUUGAUUUUUGAUUUAGAGCUUAAGGGUCAACGAAGAAGCUUCAAAGUAGCAACCAUGCGGGCCUUGAAUCAAACAACCCAUAGCACAUUACUGCGGUUCACUGAGAAUUCCAAAAUCUUGAUUGGCGAUGAUUCAGAUGAAGAGAAGGGAGUCCAAGGCUUUGUUAUAAAAGUACAGUCGUCUGGCUUGGGUGGAAUGGGCCGCCAGAUUGAUAGUAUCAAUGAAAGCCUUGCUGAUUUCAACAUUGGCUCAGGGAUGGUGGCAAUGCCUGCUUUCUAUGAGCACACUCGGGGCGUUCUUCUUUAUGGACCAAAGGGGACAGGUAAAACUGCUCUUCUUCGCCAAAUACAAGGUGCUGGUUGGCGAAAAGCAUUCAACAUUGGGUCUUCCACAUUCAGCAGGAAUAUUGGCGAUGGUGAAGCUAAGCUACGCAAGCUGUUUCAGGAUGCAGUUCGUUGUCAGCCGAGUGUUGUGGUCAUUGACCAACUGGACUUCAUUGCUCCUAAACGGACAUCGCUGGAUUCCCAGUCUUUGACAUCUGUUCUUUGUGAAUGUUUGGACCUUGCGAGAGGUGCUAUGGUUCUUGUUGUAGCUGCAACCCGACACCCCAACGAAGUUGAUGAUACUUUGAGGACGCCACAUCGAUUGGCGACAGAGAUUGAACUACAUAUUCCUACAGCCUAUGACAGAGCCGAAAUCUUGCGCGCUAUAUGCGGAUAUCAGUCUCCCGUGCUGAGUGACAGGCUCAUAGAUAUGAUGGCGGAGAAGACUCACGGCUAUGUCGGAGCUGACUUGUUCGCUUUACUUCAGCUUGUUUGUCGCAAGGCGCGCCAGAGACAGAUCAAAGAAGCUCAUUCGAAUAGUUUGCCUUUACGCCAAGCUUCUAUGUUUACCAGCGACUCAAGUGAUGACUUGGCCACAAAAGAAAUUGCGCCUUUAGAAGUCCAGGAGGCCGACGUAUUAACGGCUCUACAGGAAACCCGCCCCACUGCGAUGCGGGAGGUAUUCCUGGAGACACCAAAAGUGAGAUGGUCGGAUAUUGGUGGGCAGCAUGAUAUUAAACGGCGUCUUCAAAAGGCCGUUGAGAGGCCAUUGAAAGUGAGUGUCUACAUCGAUGAUUUACAACAAUGGAACUGAUGACUAUAGCAUCCCGAACGAAUGAGG